AUGACUAAGUUCUUGAUCGUUGCUCUGGCGUUGAUAGCAGUAGCAGCUGCAGAGCCUGACUUGAGUGGUGGAAUUCGUCGCUCAGGAAUCGGCCAAGGCAGCAGCGGUCUCGGCAUUGGAGGUGGAUUAGGUUCCGGCCACCAUGGCCUUGGAUACAGCGGCGGCAGCGGUUUAGGUGGCCGACAAUCUGGUCUCGGCGGUGGAUUGGGAUCUAUACAAGGAGGCUUCGGAGGACAAGGCGGCCGAGGUAUCGGCCAAGGAGGACUAGGAGGAGGUUACAGAAGUGGUGGAUUGGGUCAUGGAGAUUUGAGCGAUGGAAUUCGUGGCUCAGGAAUUGUCCAAGGCAGCGGCGGUUUCGGCAAUAGAGGGAGAUUAGGUUCCGACCACCAUGGCCUUGGAUACAGCGGCGGCAGCGGUUUUGGUGGCCGACAAUCUAGUCUCGGUGGUGGAUUGGGAUCUGUACAAGUAGACUUCGGAGAAGGAGGUUACAGAAGUAGUGGAUUAGGUCAUGGAGGUCUCGGGGGAGGAUAUUAA